UUUUCUUUUUUUUUUUUUAUNGUAAUUCUGAUUCUAGGAUGUUUGGACCAUUUGGUUUGUGUUUUUCCACCCCAUUUAAUUUAUCGUCUUUGUACUUAUCUGCUAUUGUAUAACUUUUUUUCCUGCCAAAAAACCCGAUUUUUGGACGGCCGGUCAAUGUUGAGAGCUUGGGCCUUUUGAUUUCCUGGAUAUUUUCUUGAGCUGCUAGUUCUUAUUUUUACUUUCUUGUGAAAAAUCACGCUCUUGCCUUGAUCACUUCCUAAGAUAUUUCUUGUGGAUUUGUUUCUAAUUCGUCUGUGUGGCUUGAAUAUUUUUCUGGAUAGCUGAUCGAGAGCUCAGUUAAUCUCUGUUCACUUGAUUUUAUCGUACAGUUUACUGAAGAGAACACAAACAGGCCUGUAUUUGCUUUCCACUCACCUAAUCAGAGUUUUUUCAUCAAAGAUGGGUAGUAGCAGUAAUUUAAACUUCAAGAAUUUAUCAACCGGCAUGCCGCCGGAUUCCGGUAGUUUCCCUCUCGCCCGUCAAAACUCGAUCUACUCUUUAACUUUCGACGAGUUCCAGAACACAGUCGGCAGCAUCGGGAAAGAAUUCGGGUCUAUGAACAUGGAUGAGCUUCUCAAGAACAUAUGGAGUGCUGAGGAAAAUCAAAUCCUCCUCUCAACCACCAAUAAUCAUAAUAACAAUAAUAAUAACAAGGGUAGUGGUGGUUUUCAUGAAGGGAGUGGCUAUAAUCCCCUGAGGCAAGGCUCGUUAACCCUUCCCCGCACCCUCAGCCAGAAAACAGUCGAUGAGGUCUGGCAGGACAUGGUGAAGGAGUACGGAAAAGAUCCCACGUGCGCACCCACAGGCGGCUAUGGUGUGGCGCCGGCCCACAGGCAGCCGACACUUGGCGAAGUCACAUUGGAGGAGUUUUUGGUGAGGGCUGGGGUUGUGAAGGAGGAGCCUCCGAAGGGUAAAACCGGAAAUAUCCCCAGGCCCGGCUUCGGUUAUCCUUCGGGAGGUGAGAAUAUUAGUGACCUGAUGGGAAAUAAUUUGCCUUUGGGUGCGGGUGGGGCACGAUCAGGUGUGAAACAGCCCGCUGUGCACCCUCAGCCACAGCUGCCGGAGAUUAUUCCUAAACAGGCUGUGCCGAGAUAUAAUCAGUUGAGCGGUAAUAAUCCCGGGAUUAGAGGUGGGAUUAUAAGUAAUGGUGCGAGUGAUGGUUUGGUUCAGAAUGCGGGUUUGCAGGGUUUGGUGGGUAAUGGGGUUCGGGUGGUGUCGCCAGCUGUCUCGCCGAGUACUGGAGAGAUUUCGUCAGUUUCGCCAGUGCCUUACGUUUUUAACGGUGGUUGUGGUGUGGGUUUGAGGGGGAGAAAAACUGCUGCUUUGGAGAAAGUUGUGGAGAGAAGGCAAAGGAGGAUGAUCAAGAAUCGGGAGUCGGCUGCUAGAUCACGGGCUCGUAAGCAGGCAUACACUACAGAGUUGGAAGCCGAAGUUGCAAAACUGAAGGAGGAAAAUGAGCUAUUACAAAAGAAACGGGCUGAAAUGUUGGAAAUGCAGAAGAAUCAGGUUUUGGAGAUGCUGAAGCUUCAACACAGUAACAAAAGGCGAUGCUUGAGAAGGACACAGACGGGUCCGUGGUAAAAAAAAAAAAAAUAACUGGUGUCUCAAGACUGUAAAUGUCAAAUGGCUAGGACUUGUUUUUCGCUAUUGUAGAUGAAUAGAAUAACUAGAUGAAUAGUGCGUUUGUGUACAAUUUCAGUCCAUGAUGUUCUUAUUUUCAACCUGUUUUUCGCCCUACAGAAGAUGUAGUUAACUAAAAAUGCUAUAUAAUCCCUUUGAAGUCAUCUGUGAGAGCUCUUGUGUGAGCUCAAUAAGUAGAAGCUUGAAAUUACAGUAUAUUUGAUAUCGGUUUAUUACAGAAGGCUUGUAAAAAAUGCUUAUUUGUUCAGUCAGCACUGCACAAAUUAUGAUCAGCUUCCAUUUACAAUGGUAUGAAGGGAUAAAUGUUAAAGGAAAAAAGAGAGGGAAAAUUGAUGGAGAAUGUUUGAAUAGUGAUGAUGUGAUCAACAUCCCCCUUCCCCUUUAUUCUGAAUGAGCUGAGUCUAAUUUGCAGACUCUCAUGUUUCG